ACAAGAUGUGCGCCAAGAUCCAUUACAUCGCCCCGAACAUAUAUUGUUGUGGAGCAGGAACCGCAGCAGAUACAGAGAAAACCACAGAGAUGGUCUCCUCCAACCUCACCAUCUUCUCGCUGAACAGUGGGAGGAACCCUCGCGUCGUCAUGGCCGUCAGCAUACUGCAGGAUAUGUUGUACAGGUAUCACGGCCAAAUUGGUGCAAAUCUUAUUCUGGGAGGAGUUGACUGCACGGGGAACCACCUGUACACAGUGGGGCCAUAUGGGAGUGUGAAUAAGAUGCCUUACCUUGCAAUGGGAUCCGGUGAUCUGGCUGCUCUCGGGAUUUUAGAGGAUCAGUUCAAACCUGAUCUGGAGCUGGAGGAGGCCAAGGAGCUGGUGCGUCUCGCCAUCAACGCKGGCAUCAUGAGCGACCUCGGCUCAGGCAACAACAUCGACAUCUGCGUCAUCACCAGAAAAGGAGUGGACUACAUCAGACCAUACCAGGAGUCAGAGUACAAAGACAACAGAGACCGAUGA